CAGAGAGAGUAACACAAGGCACGAGAAGGAAGGAGCUCGGCUUGAUUCUUCUGUGGACGCACAGACACUCGCAUCAACCUAUCUUCAUUCUUUCUUUCUUCUUCGUCCCUGCGUUCAAGCGGAGGAUGCCAGGCCCCGUUGUGGAAGAGGAGGAGCAACUCGCCUCCCUCAAGGACCAGCAACAGAAGAAAGUUGAGGCGAAAGACGAGCCCAUCGUCGAGGAUGUUAAAGACGAUGAGGAGGAAGAUGACGACGAUGACGAUGACGACGAUGAUGAGAAGGAAGAUGGUCCCGAAGGAGAGCAAGGUGCAGGUGCGAAUGAGAGCUCAAAACAAAGCAGAAGUGAGAAAAAGAGCCGAAAGGCAAUGUUGAAGCUAGGAAUGAAACCUGUUACAGGUGUCACCAGGGUUACCAUCAAGAGAACAAAGAAUAUUCUGUUUGUUGUCUCAAAACCUGAUGUGUUCAAGAGCCCCAAUUCUGAGACCUACGUAAUAUUCGGAGAGGCAAAGAUCGAGGACUUGAGUUCUCAGCUGCAGACACAGGCUGCCCAACAGUUCAGGAUGCCAGACAUGGGGUCAGUGAUGGCCAAACCAGACGUAGCUGCAGCUGCAGGUGCUGCACAGGCUGACGAAGAAGAGGAGGAGGUUGAUGAGACUGGCGUGGAGCCUCGAGACAUUGAUUUGGUGAUGACACAGGCUGGAGUUUCAAGGAGCAAGGCUGUUAAGGCUCUCAAGACUCAUAAUGGAGAUAUAGUGAGUGCUAUUAUGGAACUCACUACCUAGAGGUAGGUCUGGUGGCGGAUUCAUUGAUAGUCUUCAUCUUUCAUCUAUUGAUAUAAGAUUUUGAACUUGAACAUAACUACUCAAUUUAUUAUUAUUAUUAUUAUUAUUAUUAUUAUCUUUUCAUCUAGAGUUAUUUUCA